UCACUCUCACUCUGACUGGCUGACUGAGUUGCAAGUGAUCAGUCACUCAGAGAGGUUUCCUGCAAGCCAGGACAGCUGUCCCGGCCGCUGUCAGCUAAGUUCUCGGGCUGCUGUGGCUCAGGGUCCCGUGUGUGGGAGGCUCCGUCCGGACAGUCCUUCUCACUCCCCUCCGGAGGGAAGCCCACUUUCAAGUCCCCCAAGAUGGAUUUGCAUCCAGGGUUUGCCCUUGGACACUGGGGUCCCCUGCUCCUUGCUCUCUUCCUGGCUUCCUCCAGAGGUCAGGUGGCAGCCCUCAAGCUCACCACUCCAUACUCCCUCUAUGUCUGCCCUGAGGGGCAGAACGUCAGCCUGACCUGCAAGGUCUUGGGCCCGCUCGUAGACCGACAUGACUCACUCUAUAAGACGUGGUACAUAGGCCACCGAGAGAACCAGAGCUGCUCAGAGAGAAGGCCCAUCCGCAACAUUACGGAUCGAGAGCUGCACCCGCACCACGGCGGGCAUCACAACACCAACAGCAGCCAGAAUCCUGCCGGGCACAAGGACCCCGCUCUGCACCACGGAGUAGAGCUGCGUUCCGACCACCAUGGGAACUUCUCCAUCACCCUGCUCAACCUGACUGUGCAGGACAGCGGCAUCUACUGCUGUCUGGUGGUGGAAUUUAACCACCAUCACUCUCAGCAGACAGUCCAUGGUCUUGUGGAGCUCCAGGUGCAGAAAGGUCAAGCCCCACUCUCCAAAUGCAUAUUGCACCCAGCCUCCACCCAGGAAAGUGAAAAUAUCACGGCGGCAGCCUUGGCAACUGGAGCCUGCAUUGUGGGCAUCCUCUGUCUGCCCCUGAUCCUCCUCUUGGUCUACAAACAGCAGCAGGCAGCCUCCAACAGGCGUGCCCAUGAGCUGGUGAGGAUGGAGAGCAACGCACAGGGUAUUGAGAACCCCGUUUUUGAAGCUGUGCCUCAUGGGAACCCCGAAUUGAAGCCCAAGCCUCCUCUGUCCUACAUGGCUCAGAGACAGCCUUCUGAGUCAGGACGGCACCUUCUCUCAGAACCCAAUACCCCGCUGUCCCCGCCUGGCCUUGGAGAUGUUUUCUUCCCCUCACUAGAUCCUGUCCCUGACUCUCCUGAUACAGAAGCAGUCUAGAACUGCUUAGCAUGGAAGGGGGAUGAUAAUAGCAUUGCUGAGGGAGAGGGGCUAGGCCUGGGCAGUCCACAGAUUGGCCCUGUGGACCAAUUUCCCCUUGGACUCAUUGUUUAUAGUUCUUUGGUGCUCUCUUGGCCUUCUCCCUCCCAUUCAGAACUAAGGGUCCUAAUGAUCCCUCAGGAUCCAACAUAGGGGGAAGAAAAAUGCCUUAUCAAUCACCUCCUCUUGGAUCCUGGACACCAGAGAUAUCGUGGGACCUACUCCUCUGAGAGACUAAUGAUUUAUCAGCCGCACUCAACAUUCUGGGACAAAAUGCUUGGAUCUGAGAAUCCUCCCCACAAUUCUGAGCUCUUCCUGUCAUUAUUCCUUAGGACCAGGAUAUACUGAACUCUCACCUUCCCCCCAAGCAAACCAGAAUUCCCCUAUAGGCUACCAAGGGAAUGUUGAACUUGAUCUGUAGGGAAAGACCCCACCAGCUAAUUCUCACUAUGCAAUCAAGGACCCAUCAACUCAUCCUGAGGUGUGUGUAUCUGUGGGAGUGCCUUCUUUAACAAAGACUGAGACCUUGGGAGAGGAGGGAGUGAGGGGGGGGAAUGAGCCCAGCCAGCCAGUGAGGAAGACUUCCUGACCUUAUUCUAAGGUUGCCCACGUCCGAGCAGCUGUGAAUGAGUUAAGCCCCAGGUCACAGAAGAUCAUAGAGAAGGCUUUGGGCUCAGGGGUUCCCUUUCCAUUGGCUUUAGCCCCUCUGGGCUGGCCACACACUCUCCACCCCAGACAAGAAGGGGCAGCUGGGGGUACCAUGUCCCUGUGAACAAUCUGGCAUCUUGGGCAAUCAGGGGUGGAACUGUUGGGCUGAAAUAUCCUUUCCUGGAAGCUGGCAGGGAGUGAUGGGGCAAGGGGUGGGCACUGUCAUAGUGAAGAGAAAAAAGUCAACAUUUGCUGGCCAGGGGGACCCAGGAGAGCUGAGGGGCUCUGGAGAGCCGGGCUCAGUGCUUGGCUCCACUGGCAUGCCGUGGUGGCUUUGAGGACUCUACUUGCCUCCUCUGGGCUUUCUUUCUCUGACCUACCGAGUAAGGCGAACCAUCCCUGCCUUGUCCUCAGCUGAUGGAGAGGAGGAGGAUAAAGAGGCACUCUGUAAAUACAAGACAUUGUUAGCACUCUGCUAUCUGUUCACCUUGGCUGCUUUGUAUGUAUGGAUUUGUACCUGGAUUUGCAUUUGUUUAUAAAACGUGUGUGUAUGUUUACAUAGAUAUAGAAGCAAAAAGGGGACAUGUUUUUGAAGUUGCAAUUAAAGGAUUUUUAAAGAACCCA